CGCUGUAGCGAAGACAGCACCAUUAUACGUAUUAUAUGUUGUAUGGUCGCAUUCUGAUAUUUUCAUUUUCCAACUAGGUGCUGUGCGGUUCGCUGCGGACUCCACUUCGAGUCCACUUCCAUACUAAAUACAUCAGUGACUAUUAUUCUAUGUAUUACAUUACAUUACCGUUCUUUCAUUAAGACAGGCAGUAGUUUAUUGAAUGAGCAAACGCUGCGACCGCGAAAGCUCUCUCCCAUGUGCGUACGUAAGCUUGUACGUAUUAUUUUGUAUAUCAUGGUGAAAAGCUGCCUGUUGUUAAAUUAUUAACUAGCGAUAAGGUACCUGUAGAUAAUGAUGGAAUUGAGACAAUGCGUGAAAUUUUUGUUGACUAUCGUUGUGGUGUUUGGUGUUAGUGUCACGUGUUUGGAUUUCAAGUAUCAUACGCACGAAGAACUGACCAACUAUUUGAAAAACUACACAAAAAGUCACAAGAACUUUUUCAGUAGAUUAUAUUCAGUUGGAAGAUCCAUAAAUGGAAAAGACCUAUGGGUUCUAGAAGUUGCUGCAGCCAAGGAGUCAAAACUGGGUACUCCAAAUGUAAAACUGAUAGGAAAUAUACAUGGAAAUGAACCUGCUGGACGGGAAGUACUUCUACAUUUUCUAGAGUAUUUAGCAGAAGAAUACACCAACAAUAACGCGACAAUUCAAUGGCUUUUGGAAAACACACGAAUUCACGUCAUGCCCAGUAUGAAUCCAGAUGGUUUCGAAAUUUCAAGUAUGGGCAUUUGUACCGGUGACCAUGGUCGUACUAAUGCUAAGUUAAUAGACCUGAAUAGGAAUUUUCCCGACUAUUACAAACCUAGUGUGAUACCACCUCAGCCAGAGAGUUUAGCAAUUCAAAAGUGGAUGCAGCAGGUGCCUUUCGUUCUAUCGGCGGGCUUACACGGAGGAGCUUUGGUGGCAAACUACCCCUUCGAUACCGUUAAAGAACAAAAAUGGGAAAAACUCCUUAAAGAUUUAUCGAAUGUAACUACGCAAGAAGAAGAACUUAAAUUAAGGCAGGAGUAUAUUGAGUCUCUUUCAAAAACGUCGACGUCUCUCACACCCGAUGACGAUGUUUUUAUUCAUUUAGCGAAAACGUAUGCUAAUAAUCAUCCUACAAUGCAUCACGGGUACCCAUGCCCAGAUUCAAACAGGUCGUUUACCAAUGGAAUAACAAACGGAGCAGAAUGGUACCCCAUCAGAGGUGGAAUGCAGGACUUUAAUUAUUUUAGACACGGUUGCAUGGAAUUAACUUUAGAAAUUUCUUGUUGCAAGUAUCCGUUUUUAAAAAAACUUCCUAAAAUUUGGUUGGAAAACAAUGGGGUCAAUAUCAGCAAGUACAAUUUUUGCGGUCAUUUUUCAAUUNGUAUAAUGAUGGAAUUGAGACAAUGCGUGAAAUUUUUGUUGACUAUCGUUGUGGUGUUUGGUGUUAGUGUCACGUGUUUGGAUUUCAAGUAUCAUACGCACGAAGAACUGACCAACUAUUUGAAAAACUACACAAAAAGUCACAAGAACUUUUUCAGUAGAUUAUAUUCAGUUGGAAGAUCCAUAAACGGAAAAGACCUAUGGGUUCUAGAAGUUGCUGCAGCCAAGGAGUCAAAACUGGGUACUCCAAAUGUAAAACUGAUAGGAAAUAUACAUGGAAAUGAACCUGCUGGACGGGAAGUACUUCUACAUUUUCUAGAGUAUUUAGCAGAAGAAUACACCAACAAUAACGCGACAAUUCAAUGGCUUUUGGAAAACACACGAAUUCACGUCAUGCCCAGUAUGAAUCCAGAUGGUUUCGAAAUUUCAAGUAUGGGCAUUUGUACCGGUGACCAUGGUCGUACUAAUGCUAAGUUAAUAGACCUGAAUAGGAAUUUUCCCGACUAUUACAAACCUAGUGUGAUACCACCUCAGCCAGAGAGUUUAGCAAUUCAAAAGUGGAUGCAGCAGGUGCCUUUCGUUCUAUCGGCGGGCUUACACGGAGGAGCUUUGGUGGCAAACUACCCCUUCGAUACCGUUAAAGAACAAAAAUGGGAAAAACUCCUUAAAGAUUUAUCGAAUGUAACUACGCAAGAAGAAGAACUUAAAUUAAGGCAGGAGUAUAUUGAGUCUCUUUCAAAAACGUCGACGUCUCUCACACCCGAUGACGAUGUUUUUAUUCAUUUAGCGAAAACGUAUGCUAAUAAUCAUCCUACAAUGCAUCACGGGUACCCAUGCCCAGAUUCAAACAGGUCGUUUACCAAUGGAAUAACAAACGGAGCAGAAUGGUACCCCAUCAGAGGUGGAAUGCAGGACUUUAAUUAUUUUAGACACGGUUGCAUGGAAUUAACUUUAGAAAUUUCUUGUUGCAAGUAUCCGUUUUUAAAAAAACUUCCUAAAAUUUGGUUGGAAAACAAUGGGGCACUAAUCCAUUUCCUAAUACAGGCCAAUCGCGGAGUAGCCGGACAAGUAUUAGACUACGAAACGAAUAAACCCGUUCCUUUUGCAUCCCUUAAAAUUGUGGGAAGAGACAUGAAUUUUACGUCCACGAAAAACGGCGAAUUUUGGAGAAUUCUACUUCCCGGAAUUUACCGACUAGAGGUUCAAGCAUGGGGAUAUCACGGAAAACGUACAUCAUUUACGGUUUUAGAACACGAAAACGAACUUCCAAGCCAUAGAUUCAUUUUCGUACAUCUUAGAAGUUUAAUAUCACGACCUAAAGAGCCUUCCGCAGCAACAUCCCCCUCAACAGUACCUGACGAAAGUUCUAGAAUAUCCCAAACAGAGAUUAAAUUUUCUACCUCAUCACUCGAACUAACCACUCAAAAAAUUCCAACGACAAUCCCUAUCGUCAAAGAAUAUUCUUCUACGGAGAAGACGAGUGAGAAGAAUCUAGUCCAAAAAGAGGCAUUAAAUAAGGGCCAGGAGCCUACCAAGAGUACCUCUUUGUUUAUUGCCAUACUUUUUAUAAAUAUUUAUCUUCUAUAUUUAUAAAAUUGUUUUGUUAAAAAUUUAUUCUAUUAAUAAACA